UGUAUGGCUGACAACUGGCAGACAGCGAGUGAUGACGCAGAGAGUCACGAUGACGAGGUGCUGCCGUACAGUGAUGAUGAAACGGACGAUGAGCUGGACAGAUCGCAGUCUCCUGAGCCAGAAGGAAAUGACAUCGACACCAGCGCAGAACAGCAGGCACCCAAAGAAAGCAACUGGCAGGUGAAAGCCAAUGAUCCAAGCUUCUACAAACAGCCGCAAUUCAUGAAGAAGUCAUAUUUCUGCCUUAAGAAAAGCAAAUAUGCCAAAAAUGAAAUCAAGACGUCCAAGUAUAACAUAAUCACUUUCCUACCGCUGAACUUGUGGGAGCAGUUCCAGAGAAUCGCAAACGUCUACUUCCUCUUCCUGCUGAUUAUUCAGACAAUCCCCGCUAUAUCCACUGUCUCGUGGUACACUACCUUCGUGCCGCUGGUGAUCGUGCUGGGAAUCACCGCAGUGAAAGAUAUGGCGGAUGAUAUUGCCCGACACAGAUUGGACAAUACGAUAAAUAACCGGACGUGUGAAGUUAUAAGGGAUGGAAGGUUUAAGAAAAGCAAAUGGAAAGACCUUGGUGUCGGGGACAUCAUACGAAUUAGCAGGGAUGAGUUUGUUCCGGCUGACGUUCUGCUGCUGUCCAGCUCUGAACCCAACAGCCUGUGCUACGUGGAGACAGCGGAACUGGACGGUGAAACAAACUUGAAGUUCAAAAUGUCCCUUGAAGUAACGGAUAUGUGCCUGAAAGAAGAAAACGAGCUUGUGGGAUUUGAUGGACUGAUCGACUGUGAAGGGCCAAAUAACCGUCUGGAUAAGUUUGUGGGCACAUUAUUCUGGAGAGGAUCUAGUUCUGGGCUGGACAAUGACAAGAUUCUGCUCCGCGGCUGUACUGUCCGCAAUACGCUCUACUGCCACGGACUGAUCAUUUAUGCAGGUUGCGACACUAAAAUUAUGAGAAACAGCGGGAAAACUACUUUGAAAAGAACAAAAAUUGAUUAUCUCAUGAACAACAUGGUGUACCUGAUCUUUGUGCUGCUGAUUCUGGCUGCUGCUGGCCUCGCCAUCGGAGAGACGUUCUGGGAAAGUAGCUUUAACAACGGGACUAUGUCUUGGUACCUGUAUGAUGGAAACGACUAUUCACCAAACUAUCGAGGAUUCCUUGGGUUUUGGGGAUAUAUAAUUGUCCUGAACACUAUGGUGCCCAUAUCUCUCUAUGUCAGUGUUGAAAUGAUUCGCUUGGGGCAAAGUUUCUUCAUAGACUGGGAUUUACACAUGUACUACCCCAAGAAAGACACCCCGGCCAAAGCCAGGACAACGUCACUGAAUGAACAGCUGGGCCAGAUCGAGUAUAUAUUCACCGACAAGACCGGGACUCUGACUCAGAACAUAAUGACGUUUAAGAAGUGCAGUAUAAACGGGAACACCUAUGGUAAGUACAGUGAUGAACACCAAAUUAAAAUUAAAAACUCAAAGCAAGUGGACUUCAGCUGGAACAUGUUAGCUGACCCUAACUUCACAUACAAUGACAAGGACUUAAUUGAACAAAUCCGUUACGGAAAUGAUCCAAAUGUUUGCCAGUUUUUUAAGCUAAUCGCCCUGUGCCACACUGUAAUGGUGGAUAAGACAGACGGCGACAUACGCUACGAAGCAGCGUCUCCAGAUGAAGGUGCGCUGAUCACAGCCGCCAGGAAUUUUGGCUAUGUCUUCCUAUCCAGAACACAGAGUACAAUCACCAUUAGUGAGCUCGGGAAAGAAGUGACUUAUGAACGUCUUGCUAUUAUGGACUUCAAUAGUGAUAGAAAGCGCAUGUCUAUAGUAGUCCGAGGACCAGACGGGAAAAUAAAACUGUACUGCAAGGGAGCUGACACAGUCAUCUAUGCUCGUUUGCAUCCAGGCAACCCAAUGAAAGAGGAGACUCAGGAAGCUUUAGAUGUGUUUGCCAAUGAGACCCUGAGGACCCUCUGCCUCUGCUACAAGGACAUCAGCCAGGUGGAGUUUGAGAAGUGGCACAAGAAGUACAAGGCUGCCAGCAUAGCGAUAGCCAACCGUGAUGAGGCGCUGGAUGCAGUAUACGAAGAGAUUGAGACCAACCUAGUGUUACUGGGAGCCACAGCUAUUGAAGACAAGUUACAGGACGGAGUGCCCCAGACAAUCUCCAUACUGGCCAAGGCCGACAUAAAGAUCUGGGUCCUAACUGGGGACAAGAAAGAAACGGCUGAAAAUAUCGGAUUUGCUUGUAAGCUCUUAACAAAUGAAUCUAUUAUCACUUACGGAGAAGAAGUCAACACCUUAAUACAGAGAAGAAUAGAUCUACAGGCGGGAGAAGGGAACCACGAGCAACUGAACAAUGAACGGAACUCUCAGUCCAAUAAAAACCGUACUCUGAUCAUUACAGGUUCAUGGCUGAAUGAAAUCUUGCUGGAAAAGAAAAAGAAGAAAAGAAGACGUCUGAAGCUGAAAUUUCCCAAGACUGCAGAACAGAGGAAGAAGGACGUGCAGGAGAAAAGCAAAAUCAAUGUCUUGAAAGAGCAGCGGCAGAGGAGUUUCGUAGACCUGGCGUGCGAGUGCAGUUCCGUCAUCUGCUGUAGAGUGACUCCGAAACAAAAGGCUAUGGUCGUAGACUUGGUGAAGAAAUACAAGAAGGCCAUCACCUUGUCCAUCGGAGAUGGGGCCAAUGAUGUCAGCAUGAUAAAGACUGCCCAUAUAGGUGUCGGUAUAAGUGGACAGGAAGGAAUGCAAGCAGUCAUGUCCAGCGACUACUCCUUUGCUCAGUUCCGGUUCCUCCAAAGGCUGCUUCUGGUCCAUGGCCGCUGGUCGUACAUCCGCAUGUGCAAGUUCCUCAGUUACUUCUUCUACAAGAACUUUGCCUACACGCUAGUCCACUUCUGGUAUGCCUUCUUCAACGGCUAUUCAGGCCAGACGGUAUAUGACACGACUUUCAUGACUCUCUACAACCUAUUAUACUCCAGUCUUCCUGUAAUCGUGGUCGGACUAACGGAUCAGGACGUCAGCGACAAGUUGAGCAUGCAGUGUCCCAGCCUGUACAUUCCUGGACAAAAAGGACAAUUGUUCAACUUCACGAAAUUCUUCUUCAGUCUGUUAUACGGUACUCUGACAUCGCUCGUCAUCUUCUUCAUCCCAUACGGCGCUUUCUGGCAAAUGACGACGGAGGAUGGGUUGGUGAAUUCCGAUUACCAAACAUUUGCAUUCACAACUGCUACUUCACUCAUUAUUAUCGUUAAUUUCCAGAUUGGGAUAAACAUGUCGUACUGGACCUUCUUAUACAGCUUCUCAGUGUUUGGGACUAUUGUGAUUUACUUUUCACUUACAUACGACUUACAAAGUAGCGGAAUGCAUCUCCUCUUUACGUCCUUGUUAACCAUGACAGGAACUAUUACAAAUGCCUUAAGACAACCCAACGUCUGGUUAACCAUCAUUCUAACAACUGGCAUAUGUCUGCUUCCUGACCUGGCACUGAAUUUUAUGGCAAAGAUAAUCAGCCCGUCCGCCAGUGACAAAGUCCUGAAAAAUCCAGAAAAAUACAAACACAGAGAGCCUCCAGCAUAUGAAGCGGUUGGUGCUAUCCAGCGCGGUGCAUCUAUCCGUCGAUCGGCGUAUGCGUUCUCCCAGCAGAGAGGAUACGGCGACCUCAUCUCCAGCGGACGUAGCAUACGUAACAGGAAGGCAACAACAAACGGUGGUUUAGACCGAAAUGUUACAGGCAGUAAUGGAGUUGCUACAAUCAGCUGAUAUAACAGAAUAAGAAGGACUAUGAAGGACUAUCAGAAGUGGGCGAAAGACAGCCGGACAAGUGCUUGUGUUUACAUGGUCCCCGGUGACCACAAUCUUUAAUUAUACUGUACUUCACUAUAAGCCUUUUGUUACAUAAUGAUCCUAAUAGGUAAAGUGUGAGUACAUUUUGCUUUGAAGAGUGAUGUCACAUCUAGGUCCUAACUUUAUAUCCAUUUCCUGAGACUCCUACUUCCAUGGUUCCUUUAUUGCUACACACUGAGCCAACAAUACUGAUGUGCCAUCAGACUAACAUGAAUUACAAAUGAACAGAGCUGAUUACAAAGGAGAGAAGCCAAGUAGGAAAUAAAUUAAUGUGGCGUCAAAUAAUAAUGAAAUGAAUAAAUCAUAGUGACGGGGUGAGGCCAGGUUGGGCAUGCGAGCGGGUCCACGAGCUGAAAGCUUGUGCCACCAUUAUCCUGAAAACACUACGGUGCGAUAACACAGCCACCCGGUCCAUGCUAAGGCUCCCAGUCAACCUUGAGAAAUAUGCCAGGGCUUCCAGCAAAGAUGACACCGAUGGGCCUCUGAAAUCAUCGUUCCCUCUGAAGAUUACAGGUAUUCAGCCUACUGCUGAGGCAGGAGAACCAAGGAGAGACAGAGUAGGAGAAGCCAAGCAGAGUCCCUGCAAUGGAGGACACCACAGAUCCAAUCAUAAGGAAAAUGGCACAAUGGCUUGUUGGUUCUUCUAGUGUGGGCAAAGAGCCAUGGUCCUGGAGAUUUCCUGGAGAAAUUGUUUACAGAACACUGUGGUAAAGAGACACUCACUGAGCAACUUGGAACCGGCGCAUCGGUCCCAAAUUCACUCCCAGACCCCAUCCCUCUCUCCAAAUGUUUCUCCAUAAAAUCUCUCCCGCCCCCCCC